UAUCCAUGCUUAUUUCCUAAUUGUGGAAAGACAUUUGCUCGAUUAUAUAAUCUCAAAAGCCAUUCAAGAACACACACAGAUGACCGCCCAUUUGUUUGCCCAGCUUGCAACGCUGCUUUUAGUCGAAAUCAUGACCUCAAGAGACAUUCAAAGAUUCACGGCGGUGACAAGCCAUAUCAAUGUCAGGGAUGUAAAAAGAGCUUCUCAAGGUAA